AUGGAGGACACAGGCCCAGUUACCCAGGAGCCUCCUAAGAUGGUCUGUAAAAAGGAAGAGGUGAGCGAUGAGGAGGAAGAGAAGAGUCACACACAACACUUGGGCCUCCAUUUCAUGACUAACUUGGAGAGAAGAAGUGUGGAUAUCAAGAAAGAGGACUGUGAAUGGGAAUAUGUGCCCUUUUCUCAGGACUGUCCUACCAUUAAGGAGGAGGACUGCAAAUAUGAGCCAACAUUUCACAGCACUGACAUGCAGGGAACUGAAAUGGUAAGCAGUGUGAAAAAAGAAGAAGUAAAAUGCGAGUUUGUGUCUCAGCACGAGUGUUCAGAUGUCACAGGAUCAGACCUCACUCUGAAGAGUCAGCACACCCUACAGUGUCACUCUGUCCUCGUGAAGUCCGAGUGUUUGGAGUCUGACAUGACCAGGAUUAAGAAAGAAUUAAGUUCCUGUCCAUCUGGAGAAGGUUUACAGGAAAGUGACACCCUUUUUCCAUCAAUUUUUCCUCUUCACUGCACACUGUCUCAAAAUGAAAACAUAAAGAAACCGAUAUCUGAAGCAGACAGUUUGUUACCAGCCCAUAGCAAACAAUUCUUCACCAGUGGUGAUUUUCAAACACACAGAAGAAUUUGUAAUAAAGAGAAAGCACAUUGCUGUUCUAAUUGUGGCAAGCAAUUUUCUUACAAGAGCACUCUUAUGACCCACAAAAAAAUUCACACUGGAGAGAAACCAUAUUGCUGUUCUGACUGUGGUAAACGAUUUAGGACCAGUGGUGAUCUUCAAAGCCACAGACGGAUUCACACUGGAGAGAAGCCAUAUUGCUGUUCUGACUGUGGUAAACGAUUUAGGACCAGUGGUGAUCUUCAAAUCCACAGACUGGUUCACACUGGAGACAAGCCAUAUUGCUGUUCUGACUGCAGUAAACAAUUCUCUAGAAGAAACUCUCUUCUUACCCACAGACGGAUUCACACUGGUGAGAAGCCAUAUUCCUGUACUGAAUGUGGCAAACAAUUCUACAGGAGUUGCCAUCUUCAUUCCCAUAAAAGAAUUCACACUGGAGUGAAGCCGUUUUGCUGUACUGACUGUCAUAAACGAUUUAAGACCAGUGGUGUUCUUCGACGCCACAGAUGGGUUCACACUGGAGAGAAGCCAUAUUGCUGUUCUGACUGCAGUAAACAACUCUGUAGAAGAAGCUCUCUUCUUACCCACAGACGUAUUCACUCUGGUGAGAAACCAUAUUGCUGUUCUCAGUGUUGUAAACAAAAAGAGCUCUAUAGCCACAAGAGAAUUCACAUGGGAGAGAAGCCAUAUUGCUAUGUCGAAUGUGGCAAACGAUUUCCACAGAUAAGUGCAUUUCAGUCACACAUGGCAGUACAUACUGGUGAGCAAACCUGUUGCUGUUCUGAGUGUGAUACACACAAGAAUUCACACUUGGAGAGAAACCCUAUUCCUGCUCUGAAUGCAGCAAAUGGUGCUCAGCGACAUGCAAAACUUCACAGUGCAGGGAAGCCAUAUUGCUGUUCUGAAUGUAGCAAACGGUUCUACAGCAGCAAUCUCCUUCAGUGA